AUGCCUCAUGGUCAACAGCCGCAGGCUACACCGCCCCAACAGCAGGCGCCGGCUCCGGCCCCCGCUCCGUCUUCCAGACGCAAGCGCCCUGCCCCAGGCGCCCAUCCCGCUCCGCAUGCACCCCAGCACACUCCGCAGCACACUCCUCAGCAUCCUGCUCCGCAUCCUCCUUCGCAUGCACCCCAACACGCACCCCAGCACGCACCCCAGCAUGCCUCGCAACAACCUCAACACACUCCGCAGCAUAUCCCAGCCCCGCCGCCUACUCAGCAACAACAGCAGCAGCAGCCGCCCCAAGCCGCGCAGCCCGCUCCCGGUGGCCCUCCUCAUGUUACGCAGCCUUCUCCCCAGCAGCAGCCGCAACAACAACAGCAGCAGCAGCCCCAUCAUUCGCAACACUCGCAACAUGCUCAGCAGCCGCAGCCACAGCCUGUGUCGGCACCUCCUGCCACUCCGGCUUCGGCCCAGCCGUCUGGCUCCUCCGCACAGCCUGCACCGUCUGAUGAUGCUAACUCUACCCCGGCUCCGCCGCCUGCCAAGAAGAGCCGGACAAAUACUCCCUGGACGCCGGCCGAAGAGCUUCGACUGAAGCAGAUGCGCGACGCCGGCAACAGCUGGGCCGAGAUUGCCAAGACGUUUCCGACGCGGACGGAGGGCAGCGUCAAGAAGCAUUGGUACAAGGAUAUGCAUUAUGCCGAGUUUGCUGAGGAUGAGAGCCAGGCAUUGAUGAGUGCCAUCAAGGAGUAUGAGAAUAAUAAGUGGAAGGUAAUUGGUCAGAAGGUCGGCAAGCCUGCCAAGGCCUGCGAACAAUAUGCGAAAGAGCACUUUCCCGGUAAGUGA